UGACGCUUGUAAUGCUGAGACAGACUCCCAGAAGAUCUCAGCAAGUCGCGUAGCUGAGCCCGGCAGGUUCUGUGGGGUCGUGCUGCUGCUAUGAGCUGCACCAUCGAGAAGAUCCUGACAGAUGCCAAGACGCUGCUGGAGAGGCUGCGGGAGCACGAUGCGGCCGCUGAGUCACUGGUGGAUCAGUCGGCGGCGCUGCACCGGCGGGUAGCCUCUAUGCGGGAGGCGGGGACAGCGCUUCCGGAUCAGUAUCAAGAGGAUGCAUCCGAUAUGAAGGACAUGUCCAAAUACAAACCUCACAUUCUGCUGUCCCAAGAGAACACACAGAUUAGAGACUUGCAGCAGGAAAACAGAGAGCUGUGGGUUUCCUUGGAGGAACACCAGGAUGCUUUGGAACUCAUCAUGAGCAAGUACCGGAAACAGAUGUUACAGUUAAUGGUUGUUAAAAAAGCUGUGGAUGCUGAACCAGUCCUGAAAGCUCACCAGUCUCACUCUGCAGAAAUUGAGAGUCAGAUUGACAGAAUCUGUGAAAUGGGAGAGGUGAUGAGGAAAGCAGUUCAGGUAGAUGAUGACCAGUUUUGUAAGAUUCAGGAAAAAUUAGCCCAAUUAGAGCUUGAAAAUAAGGAACUUCGAGAAUUAUUGUCCAUCAGCAGUGAGUCUCUUCAAGCCAGAAAGGAAAACUCAAUGGACACUGCUUCACAAGCCAUCAAAUAACUGAACUCUGAAUGAUGGCUGGAGAUUGUCUAUCAAGGAAGGAAGUUAUUAUCUUCCCAUUCAAGUACUGUUCAUUAAGUGUCUUGCCUCAGAUUUGAUUUAAUCUUGAUUAAAGUUAUCAGGUGGCAAUUUAGAAUUUCCAGUCAAUACUGCUGUCCACAAAAACGGUUCUCAGAUGUAUUAAUGUGGAUACAUGCUGAAUUGCACUAUUCCUUUCUCAAAGAGACUACUUUUAAUUUUUAUUUCUGGGACCUUGAUUUAUAUAAACUGUGUUUUCAGUUCAUUGUUAUUUUUCACAUCUCUGAAACUUUGAGCAUUUUUUUAUAAGCCAGCAAUUUUAUUAGAUAUAGCAUUGUAAAAUACACUUCUAGGAAAUUUUAGGAGAGAUUUAACUUUUUAAAUUUAUUUGGCAUAAACCUUAUCUUUUUUUCAUUUGACAUAAAUAAUACAAUUCCACAGAACUAAAUCAGCAGAUUCUCUGAUUUGUAAUGUCAUUCGCCUGUGAAGUUUUAAGUCUCUCUGGUGCUAAGAAUUGGCACUUUAUGGCCUGGUGCCUUUCCUUUUAAUUUGAGAGAACCUACUGCUAGUCCCAGGAAACAUACUUGGAAAUAAGUCAGCUAUUUUUUCCCCAGUGAUAGUAUAGUUGUCAUAUAUUGUUCAAAGUUCAUAUUGUUCAAAGCUGAGGAACUUGUCUUGUGUAUGUGCAUGCACACAUAUAUGUGCACUUACUUCAGAUACUAAAAGUAGCUUUUAUUAAAUAUAAUCAGCCAAAAACACA